AUGCUCGCCAGCCUGAGGGAGAGACUGGAGAGCGGCCCGGUGCCUUCGGCGUUUCGGUUCGCUGGGCGUGGUCGCGGUUGCUCGCCCCACCUCUCCGCGUCGCCGAUGUUUUCGGGAACCGGUGCGGGAACGGCGACGGAACACGGGGCGGCGGCAGCGGCGGCGCGGCCGGCGGCGGCUGCGGUAGGUGCUGUCCCCGCCGCCGCCUACGGUGCGUGUGCAUCGUACUCCGGGUGCGCCUCGCACGAUGGCGGUGACAAGCGAGACUUCUAUGUGCUCGAGAACAUGGAUCUCCUGGACGACGCCGACGAGAAGACGGGGACCGCCGCAUCAGCCAGCCGCAAGGAUAACGACGACGGUAAGAUGAAGACCGGCGCCAUCUACGGCAACCAGUCCAUCGAUCAGUCCAUCGCCGAAGCGCUGAUGGGGAUCGGAGGCCGCCCGGCGCUUCAGGUGAUGCGGGUGAGCGGGCUUGACGCGGCGCUGACGCCUUCCAGUGGCCCGUCCGACAGCACGGAGGAGGAACAGGAGGAGGCGUCGCCGGCAGAGAGCAAGAAGAGACAGCGGCACCGGUGCGAGGAGCUUGACAUCGACGAGGACUACCUCGGCAAGAUCGACGUUAUGACGGAAGAGGUGUCGUCGGUUGUGCAGAAGAUUCUGGCCGCCGCAGCCAGCGUCGCGCCGCCCACGCCGCCGCUCACCCCCGCAUCCGCGAUGUCGUCUCCCGCGGAUUCUUUCCACGGGUCGACCCGGGCCGUGUUCUUCGGGAGCGGCUACAACGAGAAGGACAGCGGCGUUAUCUUUGAGAGCGUAAACGCAGACUCUCCGCUGUUGCCGCAGGUGGUACCGCGCUCGCCGGGUGUGGUCGACACCCCCCCUCCCCGGUUCCCGUCGCCUCGCGUGUACCUCACCGCCGACGGCCUCAACAUGGAUCUCUGCAUCCUGGACGGGGUCAACUCGGAUGGCGGUUUUGGUGACGUGGUGUUCAUGAAGGACAAGACCACCAAGGAGUCUUUCGCAUUCAAGAAAUCCAAAGACACGCCGGCCGGACGCCGGCAGAUGGAGCGGGAGGUGGCGGCCCUGAGCGACGUGCGGGGCAAGGUGUCCCACGUCGUGCACGUCCAAGAGAUAUCGUCGACCAGCGGCGCGCCCAUGCUCCUCAUGCGCAGGGAGCCCGGCACCCUGAGCUCGAUGCUCUGCAACUGCUUGAACACCGACCCCCGGGCCCUCGUGAGGGUGCUGUGCGGCGUCCUCACCGCAGUCGGCGGCCUCCACGAUAUGCAAUACGUCCACCGGGAUAUCAAGCCGAACAACAUCCUCGUGGACGGCCACGGCGACGCCAGGCUCACGGACUUCGGGAUGUGCCUGAAGAUGGACGAGGCGCGCCUUCGCGAGAACAUCGGGGACGGGACCCCGUGCUACUCGGCUCCCGAGACGUCCGACCCGCGGGGAGGGGGAGCGACGGUCGUCUCCGAGAUCUACGCCGUCUCGGUCGUGCUCGUGGAGGGCAUGUUGAACAAGUGUGCUUUCGGAGAGGAGGAGCUCCUCGAGGCAGCCGAGGACCGCCUUCAGGUGCUCGAGGUCGCGCGGGAAGACCUCCUCGAGAAGAUCGAGGACGAAAUUCAGGAUGACGAAGACGAGGCUGAGCUGGAGGAAGUGCGGAUCAAGGAGCACUACCUAGGCGUCGUCGCUGAAGACGGCUGGGUGCCGAAUGAGGAAGCCAGGGCGAAGCUGGACCAGCUGGGACGUCCGCUAAGCUUCUUCAUGGCACAGUCUGACGAGAGGGGCGAUGACAGCCUCAGUUUCGAAGAGAAAGGGACCGCGGCCCGCCGGGAGGCACAGGCACACCCCCGCAGGCUGUUCGAGCACAACUGGGUGGAAUGGCUCACCACGUCCUCCCGGGCGGCCAGCGACGAGGGGCUCCGCCAGGUGAUCGCUUUCGUCCUCGACCGGGGGAUGAUCGACCCGAGGCCCGAGGCCAGGCCACAGACCGUGGAGGCUGCGAAGGAGCUUCUCCGACUGGCGCUCGCGAUCUACGAGGUGGAGGCGGCAUCGGCGGAAGGAACCGAGCAGGACGACGCGUAGGCUGUCUGGAUGUACAAACAUUACUGUAUGGGAGCACGGAAAUGAGAGGACUGGAAAAGAGGGGAGAGGAAAGGAGGGAGAAACGGCAGAGAACCCGUUGUAAUAGAGAGAUUCGGAGGAGGAACGUGGCACAGAGGUAGAGGUGACGCGGAAUGGUACCCAGGCCGCAGGCCGUGGAGGCCGCGAGCAGUGUUGAGGAGGUGAAGAAGAACGAGGUAGCGAUUGUUGCUACAUAUAUAUAGGAACCAAAUAUCAAAGACCGAGCUGGGAAUGGUGGUAGAGGGACGGAGGAGCGGAGACUUGCUUUGGCAGAAGGCGUUGGAGGAGAUGGAGGAGAUUGUUGUGUAGGGAGGGACGGAGGAGGGGAGAGGGGAGGGGAGGGGAGGCGAUGUGGAUUGGUUGUACGAAGACAAGGAGGAUGAUAUCUUCAAGAGGACGACAUGUGUUGGUCGUGAUGUUGCCAGAAAGACAGUUUGCUGCCCAUACGGCAGCUUACGGUGUAGGAGAUUUAAUGUUGACCCCCCAUUCACCGCCUGAGAUGUGGGCAGCGUUUUUCUGCUGCUGCAGGCCUCUGGCUGUGGUGUGUGACUAUUCCUCCAACGGCGUGUACUGAAUUUGCUGUUCUGGGUCUCUCCCAGUGCAGGAUUGCUCGAACGAGGGAACGCAUUGACUGUCUGUGUCUUCCGUUCUUGGACUCUUAUGAAUGUGCUUGUUUGAGGUGUUUAUGUCGCUCCGAUGCGGUGUUUCGAGAGGGGGCGUCAACUAUUUUUUUCGUGUAUAGGCCGCCAAGGCGAGGACGGUGAUUGGGUGUAGCUAGACCCACGGGAGGCGCCCAUUUGGCACAUGUUUGGAUCGGAUGUGCUUUGUUCAUCCCAGGAUGAGGAUGUUUCGAAAGGAGUGGUCGGUGCGUUUGCUGUUCUGCGCCUUUCGCGGUGCAGCAUUCCUCGAUACGAUGGGAUUUAUUUAUCGCUGUAUACAUGUACACCAAGGCUGUUCGAGGUACGAGGAGGGAGCUUUUGCUUCAUGGAGAGAGCGUCAGGUAGACGAGGUGUUAUAACAGGCCGCGAUGCCGGCUGUUUG